CCAUACUGCUGCAUCAGCUGAAGAGCCAAUAAAAUGGAUAAAGUCACGUCUAUUCAUCUGUGCCUUGGGACUCUAACUUUUCUUUUUAUGAUUUCUAUGCACUCGGCACACACCAAGCCUUAUUUACUACAGGAUAAUGAACUCUUUCCAGAAAAAGAGGAUUCCAGCCACCAGAACAUGCUGUUAACCUUCCUCCUCAAUAAACACCUUCCCUUAAGGCAACCUUCAUCUUUUGAAUUGGAACUUGAAAGCAAAUUGGAGCAACUGGAACAGCUGGAGAAACUUAAGGAGCAGCUCUUGGAGGGGAAGACGGCUGAUGUAACAUAUGCUGUGGAAGGGAUGGCAUCCUCGCACCCUAACAAACGAGCAUGCUUCUGGAAAUACUGUGUGUGAAGUUUAUCCAGUAAAGUGGAGCAGGUUCCUUUCAGGGUGUGCACUAUUCAUAUGAUCGUAACAAGGAAGACUGAAGAUAUUUUUAAAAACGAUUUCCGUAAUUCCUUUGUGCAGCUUCUUGUGUUUAUCUCAGUAGAGAGCUACAAAUAAUGCAUUGAACCAGUGACACGUCUAUUAUUUAUUGCUGUGCACAACUGCAGUUUGAUUUAUGUAUAGUUAUACUGUAUAUUAUAAAAAAUAUUUAAUAUAAUAAUUGUAAAAAAUUCUAUUAUUUUGAUUUAACUGAAUAAAGAAAAGAAUAGUA